AUGCAGUCGCUGCCAAAACUAUACAAUCAAGAAGAAGAACAAGGGAAACCGCCUCAAGGCGGUGUCGUCACCUUUGAGCCGAUACAACAUGAUCACGACUUUUGCGAGAGGGUCGUGAUCAAUGUUAGCGGCCUCAGAUUUGAAACCCAGCUAAGGACAUUGAAUCAAUUCCCGGAAACACUGCUGGGUGAUCCAGCACGAAGAAUAAGAUACUUUGAUCCCCUUCGGAAUGAGUACUUCUUCGACAGAAAUAGACCGUCUUUCGACGCAAUCCUGUACUACUACCAGAGUGGCGGGCGUCUGCGAAGACCAGUUAACGUACCACUUGACGUCUUCUCGGAGGAGAUCAAAUUCUACGAGCUUGGCGAACAGGCCACCAACAAAUUCCGUGAGGAUGAGGGUUUCAUCAAGGAGGAGGAAAAGCCUCUGCCCUCCAACGAACGCCAACGCAAGAUCUGGCUGCUCUUCGAAUACCCCGAGAGCUCCCAGGCCGCGCGCGUGGUCGCCAUCAUCUCGGUAUUCGUGAUCCUCCUGUCCAUCGUCAUCUUCUGCCUUGAAACACUGCCAGAAUUCAAGCACUACAAAGUCUACAACACCACAACCAACGGCACAAAGAUCGAGGAGGACGAAGUCCCCGACAUAACCGACCCGUUCUUCUUAAUCGAAACACUGUGUAUCAUCUGGUUCACGUUCGAGUUGAUAGUGCGGUUCUUAGCUUGUCCGAACAAAUUUAACUUCUUCAGGGAUGUGAUGAACAUAAUAGAUAUUAUUGCUAUUAUUCCCUACUUCAUCACGCUUGCUACCGUCGUUGCUGAAGAAGAGGACACGCUGAACCUGCCGCGAGCUCCGGUUUCACCUCAAGACAAGUCCACGAACCAGGCUAUGAGCUUAGCGAUUCUGAGAGUGAUACGUCUUGUCCGAGUCUUCCGGAUCUUCAAGCUCUCACGUCAUUCCAAGGGUCUGCAAAUUUUGGGACGUACCCUCAAAGCGUCUAUGAGAGAACUCGGGCUGCUAAUAUUUUUCCUCUUCAUUGAAGUGAAUUCGGAAGGGGAUGAAGAGAAUUGGCCUAGCGUGGUGCUGAGCAGCGCGGAUGGGCCGCAGACAAGCGUGCACAACAAGCUUUAUGUUCGCAGGGGUGGUCGUAUUCUCCAGUACCGUGUGGUGCUGUUUUCAUCAGCGGUGUACUUCGCGGAAGCGGGAAGCGAAAAUAGCUUCUUCAAAUCGAUACCUGAUGCGUUUUGGUGGGCGGUCGUUACCAUGACGACCGUAGGAUACGGAGACAUGACGCCUGUUGGAGUGUGGGGAAAGAUCGUGGGUUCAUUGUGUGCGAUCGCUGGUGUGCUCACCAUUGCACUGCCAGUGCCCGUCAUCGUAUCCAACUUCAACUACUUCUACCACCGCGAAACGGACCAGGAGGAGAUGCAGUCGCAGAAUUUCAAUCACGUGACCAGCUGUCCUUACUUGCCGGGAACCAUGGGUGAACCGUAUUUAGGAAGGGACGAUGAACGCGACGAACUCUUCGAUCAUUGA